GAAAUAUAAAGAUUGCAUCAGUCGUUUGUAUUACUCUGACAAAAAAGGUUUUGACAGUUGGCAUAUUUCUACAUUAAAAAAUGAAGGGUGCUUGUGGAAUUAUUGUGCUUGGCUGUGUAGCCGUUGCAUUUGGAUAUCCAGCGGGUGAGGCGCCAGCAGCCGCCCAGCCAGCUCCAUUGUCAGAUUUGAUUGAACAGGCCAAGGCCGGUAUCACCAAUCUUGGACAGGAAAUUUCCAAGCGCUUGGAAAAGGAUGGCCAGACUACCCUCGAGUCCCUCAAGACUCAGAGCACAAAUUUCGCUAAUAAUCUUCAGGAGUUGCUCAAUAAGGUCUCCGAAGAUGUCAAGGCGAAGAGUCCGGAAAUCCAGAAAGCUUGGGAUGGAGUGAAAAACAAAUUCACUGAUGUUGUCAAUGACAUCAACGCCCAAAUUCCCCAGGCUCAACAGCAGGCGAGCCAACUUGGAACCAAACUGACACAUGGGCUGAAUGUUCUCGUUGAGGAGUCCAGCAAAGCUGCUAAGGAGAUCAGCAAAAACUCAGAGCAGGUCCAGGAGGAUCUUGCCAAGUUCACCAAGCAGGCUGUUGAGAUUGCAGUCAAGACUACCAACAAUCUCGACGCUCAGUUGCGACAAUUGGCCGUCACCGAGACACCAAAGGCGUAAUUUCAUCAAAUAUGAAAUAACAUCGAAAUGUGAAAAUUUUUGAACUUUGUGCUUCGGACAAAUUUUAUAUAUUCUCGAUGUAGGAAGCAUGGAAAGAAUUAAAUAAGAAUUUAGAAAAAUAGUA